AAAAAAAUUGUAAACAAGGAAGAAAAGGACCUUCAAGAGCAGAAAAAAUUCCCCGCUAAAGGGGGCUUGGGACAACUAUAGACGAGAAAAAUACCAACAAAUACGACGUCGUUUCUAUUUUCGUCUUGAAUCACGCCAGACGCACUCUUCAAGAAAACUCUCCCUCGCAGGCGGUUGUGAGAUUGAUCCACUGAGGUUCUUUUGGGCUGUGACACAUUAUGGGGGAUAGUCAGUACUCAUUUUCUCUUACCACUUUCAGUCCUUCUGGGAAGCUUGUUCAGAUUGAACAUGCCCUAACAGCAGUUGGGUCUGGCCAGACAUCUUUAGGGAUUAAAGCUGCUAAUGGAGUUGUCAUUGCAACAGAGAAGAAACUCCCAUCUAUAUUAGUUGAUGAAACAUCUAUUCAGAAAAUUCAGUUAUUGACGCCAAACAUUGGAGUUGUUUACAGUGGAAUGGGUCCAGAUUUCAGAGUUCUGGUUCGUAAAAGCAGGAAACAGGCAGAGCAAUAUCAUCGGUUGUACAAAGAACCAAUCCCCGUUACCCAACUUGUGAGGGAAAUUGCUGCUGUUAUGCAGGAGUUCACACAGUCGGGUGGUGUAAGGCCUUUUGGAGUUUCACUGCUGGUUGCUGGCUUUGAUGACAAAGGUCCACAACUAUAUCAGGUGGACCCAUCAGGUUCAUACUUUUCAUGGAAAGCUUCUGCUAUGGGGAAAAAUGUUUCUAAUGCAAAAACAUUUCUUGAGAAAAGGUACACUGAGGACAUGGAACUUGACGAUGCUGUCCACACUGCAAUAUUGACCCUGAAAGAAGGAUUUGAAGGACAAAUUUCUGGCAAAAACAUUGAGAUUGGCAUAAUUGGUACUGACAAAAAAUUCAGAGUUCUUACACCAGCUGAAAUUGAAGAUUACUUGGCCGAAGUGGAGUAGUUUGAGAAAGAAGAAGAAAAGUUGAGCAACCAGACUCACGCUUUUGUAGUUUGGGGGUUUUGUAGCCCCCUGCUUUGUUGUGCUACCAAGAAACGCUUUGGGGUUUUCUUUGUUUUAUGAAAUGCUGUUCAACCUAAUUAGUCACUUGCUUCUAAUGAUGAUACCUGCUUGUGGGGCUUAGGCUUUUGUUCUAUAAUUGCAAGCUUCCAAUAGGCAUCAACAUCACUUACUGGAUGAGAUCCCUUUAAUGAGAGUGCAUGGUGUUAACUGAGCAUUUUUUCUUUUGUG